AUGCUGCAGCAGAUUUUGCGUGAUAUGUAUAUUGAUCCUGAGCUCCUGGCAGAGCUGAACGAAGAGCAAAAGCAGAUCUUAUUCUACAAAAUGAGAGAGGAGCAGCUGAGGCGCUGGAAGGAGAGGGAAGAAAAAGCACGAAUGGAGGAGGCCGUGCUGAGAAAGACAGCGAGGUGCAAGCAGAGUAAUGGCAAACACGUGCAGUGGCUCCGUGGGAAGGAUGGUGAGGUCUGGGUCUGGGUUAUGGGAGAAGCCCCAGGUGACAAGCCCUAUGAACAGAUAUCAGAGGAGCUCAUAGCAGAGAGAGCCAGGCAACAAGCACAGAAGGAAGCAGAAGAGCUAUGGAGGCAAAAAGAGGCUGAAAUUACGAAGAAAUUCCGGGAUGCUAUGGCUCAAGAAAAAGCCAGAAUAGUGGCAGAAAAAUGGAAAAUAGAAACAGAAGAUCGGAAAGCUGCCAAACUGGAGGAGGAGAAAAUUCAGGAGGAGCUGAAGAAAAGAGAAGAAGAGGAAAGACAAAGGGGUGAAGAACAAAUAAGGCAGCAGGAAGAAAUCAGAGCAAAAGAAUUGUACUUGAGCCUCAAGCAAGCUCAGCAGCACAAUCAGCACAGUGAUGAUGACCAGGAGUGGGAAGAACAGUUGCGCCGCUCCAAAGCUGCGGAUGAGGAGAGGAGCCACAAAGCCCGCCGGGCCCGGGAUGAAUACCGACGGCAAUCCUUGCGUGCCAUCCAGAAGGGAAGAGUGGCUGGCCUGAGUAAUUUUUUCCAGGGGACGAGCCUGAGUAAAGAUCAGGAGAUGAAACUGAACAAUAGUGCAAGUCCUUUGCUGUCUGUCCCAGCAGCAGCCAGUAAUGUCUGGGAGCGUCCUUCCAGACCCUUCUCCCGAGACGUCAUCAUCCGCUGGUUCAAAGAAGAGCAGAUCCCAAGACGUGCUGGCUUUGAGAGGAACACCAACAGGAUUGCUCAAUGGUUUCAUGGUAUUAUCAGCCGUCAGGAGGCAGAGGAGUUGUUGAUGAAUAAAUCUGAAGGGACAUUCCUGGUACGAGUCAGUGAGAAAAUCUGGGGCUAUGCUUUGUCUUAUCGCCAGCAAACUGGGUUCAAACACUUCCUGGUUGAUGCUUCCGGGGAUUUCUACAGCUUCCUGGGGGUAGAUCCAAACCGCCACGCAACCCUGACAGACCUGAUUGAUUUUCACAAGGAAGAAAUCAUCACAUCCUCAGGUGGGGAGCUACUACUGGAGCCAUGUGGACAGCAGAAGAAUCCACCAGACUACAGCCCUUUAUUUGAAUAA